CAAUGGCAAUGGCAUUAGAUAUUGUGUGAUAUUGGAUAUCAUUAGAUUUUGUGUGUUGUGUGUUUCUGUCUAUUUUACACACUCCUGCGUAAUUGUUGUAGUUGAGGAAUAAAGGAUUGGGGGAAAAAGGAGAAGUGUUUUUUUAUUUAGAUUGAAAAUCACCCACAUUUCUCUGGCCUGUAGGGUUGAUUGGUUUAUCAAUUUCCAUAGACACUUGGCAAACAGGAUGUUUAAUCUCUCAGCGUUCGAGAAUGUGUGACCAUGGAGACGGGUAAACAAACACAGAAAGCGGUUGUUGGUAGAAUGGCUGCGAAAAAUGAAACAGCGCAAGAAUCUGUCGAUGGGCCAUAUUACCUCGAAAAGGUGUUGAUACCAGAUGACUCAGACGACGAUUAUCAAUAUGAGGAGGUUCUGGCCGAUGAAGAAAGGAGCUUGGCAGAGGGGGAUGAUGAGGAUUUGGAGGCCGCGGUAAGAGCAUUGCGCGAUGCUUCAGAUGGAACGGGGUCAGUGUUACAGAGGCUCAGCUCAGCCAAACAACCCGUCUCACACAUUCCAGAAGUGGUGGACGACUUUCUCCGCAACUUCCUUGUCAAAAUGGGCAUGAGCAGAACGUUGGAUUGUUUCCAAGCAGAAUGGUACGAAAUGGAGCAGAGGGGGUUGUUGAAAACCGAGCUAGUGGAGUUUGUGCCUGACGCGUAUACACACAACCAACUUCUAGACAACGAGCUGAAGAAUGUACAGAGAGAGCGGGACAGCUACAGGCAGGCAGCUUCCAAAGCUAGCGAAACACUGGUCAAACUUCAGAAAGAGAGGGAUUUCCAUCGUCUGCAGCAUAAGCGUGUUGUCCAAGAAAAGAACAGGCUUGUUGAAGACAUCAAACGACUGAAGAAGCACUAUGGGUCAUAUGAGCCUGCACUGAAGCAGUUGAGUGAUAAGUACCAAGUGGCGCUGAAACAGAAGAUGCUCAUCAGUUUAGAGAGGGACAGAGCAUGUGGCCAGGCCAACAGCCUGGAAGCCACCCUGUGUAAUGUACAUUCCUCAUCUACAAUCCGCUCAGCCAACAGAGACACAGGUCUGCCCCCACAACAGGAGAAAUAUCAGAGUAAGUCUGGGAAAGGAAUCCAGCUACAGAAUGAUGGAAUUGCCCUCUAUGACCAAGACAAAGACCCAACCAAAAACACAGCUCAGAAACACCCGAAAGACUCAGAGUUUCCUGUCAGCAGCCGUGUGAACCCCUACUUAGGCCAAAUUAAAGCCCUGGCCUCACACUGCCCCAAAGCAUCUGGAUUCCGCUUCACCAACUCACUGAAGGCCCAUACCCUGCCAAUAAGCUGUCUCGCCCUGCACCCCCGGAAGUUUAUUGUAGCCUCCUCCAGUGACGAUCAGCUCUGGAGGUUGUGGGGUAUGCCCAUGGGGGACAUGAUCAUGACUGGAGAGGGUCAUAGUGAUUGGCUCUCUGGCUGCAGCUUUCACCCAAAUGGUGGUAGCCUGGCCACCACCAGUGGAGACACAACAGUAAGGAUCUGGGAUUUCUCCCAAGGCCGCUGCAUCCUGACUCUGGAUGGCCACACCCAUGCCACUUGGGGCUGCUCCUUCCACUCAUGUGGGGACUUUGUGGCCUCCUGCUCAAUGGACAACACUGCAAAGGUGUGGGACCUGCAGAGCGAGCGCUGUCGUAGCACGCUGCGUGGCCACGUUGACUCGGUCAACAGUGUUACUUUCCUGCCCUUUUCCAACACUCUUCUUACUUGUUCAGCUGAUAAAACCCUGUCUUUGUGGGAUGCCAGGAUUGGCCUGUGUGCACAGACCUUCUAUGGCCACCAGCACUCCUGCAACCAUGCCACCUUUAAUGCACUGGGCAACACUGUUGCCUCCUGUGAUUCAUAUGGAGUGGUCAAACUAUGGGAUGUGAGGAAAGUAGCAGCCUUGAUAACCAUGGACACUGGGCCACAUCCCAGCAAUCAAAUGGCCUUUAGCCCGUCAGGCCGAACACUGGCUAUCGCCAGUAAUGAUGGCUCAGUUAAGCUGGUGGAGCUGGCAUCUAGUCAGGUGUCCAGUUUAUUGGGCCAUGAUGAUGCUGUCCAGAGUGUAGUCUUUGAUCACAAGGGGGAGUACUUAUUAUCAGCUGGGUCAGAUGGUGCCAUUCUCAUCUGGUCAUGAAAUUAAUAAAUGCUUAAAAUGAUUUUUAGCUGAUUAUUAAAUGUCAAAUAGACUUCUAAUUGCUGACGUGUUACAUUGUUUGAUUCUUGCACAUAAUUCUGUUCUCCAAUUAUCUUAUUUUUGAAGAACAUUUACCACUUUUCCAGAAUAAAAUAAGAUAUUUAAAGAUGUUUUAUAAUUUACUAAUUUAUUUCUGAAUUGAAGCAUGAAUAAGGUUUUAAUGACCUUAUUUACAUGAUUCACAUUAGCUAUGCCUAUGAUUAAUACAAAUCACUAAUUUAA